UCAAGGAGCUGGAUGAAAAGUCAUGGUACGACAAGGAUCUCUGUGAGUUUGACGAUAUUUUGUUGAGUCAAGAUAACAAUGCAACGGAAGCCGACGGCGAGAGCAAAGACGAAAGUCCGAGAUGUGCACGGGAGCGCACCAGACGGAGGAGGCAUGUCGGCACGCGGGUGGAGGGCUUCAGCGGCAGCGCCACCUAUCCGCUAGAUCUGUGGUACGUUCUCUCUCAGUACGUGCACGCGGAGGACGUCGGUCACUUUGCGGCCAUUUGCAAGGACGCGUAUCACAUCACCUGUACGAUCAGCUUCUGGAUCUGUCUCUAUAAGAGGUACUACCGACCAGACGUCACACUGCCAGUGCUGCUGCGACCCGCCUGCCUGGAGCAGCGCUACAGCCUCAAGACGCGUGUCAUCCGCGCUCUCUUCUACCUACACGACCCGCUCGUCCGGCGCACGAAGCAGCUCACCGCGCCCUUCGAGACACCGCCUCACUUCCUCCAGGGCUCGCGCUGCAUGCUCAUGUGGCACCAGAGGGUGAAGGCCAACAACUGGACGUUUCUGUUCAAGUUUCGGCGCGCCGGCACGCGAUUGGCGAAGACCGUCGCGGCGACGGAGGGCGACGCGCUAGACUACCUCGACAACUACAGGGCCAACUCGGAAGACGGCUGCAGCGUGCUCAGCGUCACCUGCUGCAAUUUCAUCUCGCUGCCGAUCGUCAUGGGGCAGAUGCUGACGCAGGUGUGCGUGAACGUCAGCCGCAACAUGCGCUUCCACCGCGUGAAGCUAGUCUUUCAUUCGCUGUACAACGACGGUCGCCAGAGCGCGACGACGGGCUGCGUCGCCAUCUUGGAUCCGGUGGUGAGCAUCCGAGUGUCGCAUUGGUGGCAUCCGCAGUAUCCGAUGUGCAACGCGACCAUAUAUGGUUGAGUGUGCAUUUCCCCGGGCAGCUGAUAUUUUUUUAAUUUAGCAAAGAAUCUAGAUUACUAAUGGGUAUAGGUUAUAGAUGACACUGUUAUACUCAUAUUUUUCUGUUACGUAUGGCAAGGAAGCUACACAGUUUUACAUCAAAUAUGUUAAAGGUCUUGUGCCAUUUCUUUACUGUUAAUAAAUGGAUUAACAUUCAGAUGUGCGAAAAGUCACUGAUGGUAAAGGCCACGAAAUGUUGUCAUCAAGUUUAUUUAUGGCUGUUAUUUAUCUUGAAAUGUGUAGAGAUAUUGUUUAUGUUUGCAUAUGCAGAUAGAUAAUUUAUGUACACAUAUUCUGGUUUGCGUGUGGUUUCCACGUCAAUGCUACUGUUAUAAAGGAUGACAUAUAUACCAGAACUGAAAGUAAACAAUUACGCUUACAGCAAAUUAAAAGCAACAGUCGGCAAUAGAAAUCGUGCGUAGACUAACGUUAGUAUGCCAAAAACUCUCCCUAGAAUAUGGAAGACUCACAUAGCAUUUACUACUGAUUUAAUAUAUAACAAGUGCUGCAAAGCGACAGGGCUCAUCUGGUGUCUGGUGUUCUGCUGAUAAAUUCAUUUGUGCAUAGCAAGACGUCCUAUACAUA